AUGGACUUCAGUAAUAAGGUUGUCUUAAUAACUGGUGCAAGCGGCGGCAUUGGUGCUUCUUGUGCUCUUCGAUUUGCUGCAUUAAAUGCCAACUUAUCCUUAGUCGGCAGGAAUGUGGAAAAUCUUAACAACGUUGCUGGAAAAUGUGAAGAACUAAAAGGGAAUAGACCCCUUACAAUUAAAGCUGACAUCAGCAUAGAUGAUGAUGUUCAACGGAUUAUUGUAGAAACAAUAGAUCGCUAUGGAAAGCUGGAUGUUCUUGUUAACAACGCCGGAUUCCUCAUCAUGUCAGAUAUCACAGGCGAUAUAAAGAACUUCGACAAAAUGAUAGCAACAAACAUCCGUGGAACAUAUCUACUUACUCAGAAGGCUGUACCUCAUUUGCUGGAAACCAAAGGUAACAUUGUAAAUGUAUCAAGCGUCGUCUCCAUGAUGCCUAUACUCCGUAUGAUGGCAUAUUCCAUGACGAAGGCAGCCAUGGAUAUAUUCACCAAGUGCACAGCUUUGGAACUUGGCCCGAAAGGAGUGAGAGUGAAUAUGGUAAAUCCAGGACCAGUUAAUACGAACCUGUUCAAGGCAAACUCGCUAAGCCACGAACAGAACGAGCUAGAACUUGAAAAAAUAACAGAAGUUAUUCCUUUAAAGAAAAUUGUAGAAAGCGAUGACGUGGCCAAGCUAAUUACGUUUUUGGCCAGUGAAAAUGCCAACUGUAUCACGGGAGCGAGUCAUAUAAUUGAUUGUGGAUUAAUUUUAGGGAAUCCGAAUGCCUAA